CAAGUCACAUGACUGAGGGCGCUCUAUCUCUACUCUAUGGUUUGCCAGAGUUAUCUAGCACCCUCUUCCUUAUCUAUGGUCUUUUACCUCCUGACGUUCUCCGUGUGCACAUUCUCAACAUCAUGGCAGACACUGAAGAAAAGAAGACCCUGGUGGAGGACACCGAAAACCACUCCAAAAAGAGGAUCUACUUGGACUACAAUGCAACUACCCCUCUGUCUGCAGAAGUGGUCAAGGCAGUGACAGAAGCUCUGCAAGAGGCGUGGGGAAAUCCCAGCAGCAGCUACAGUGCAGGAUGUAUGGCCAAGCAACUAAUAGACAAAGCCCGGGCACACAUUGCCAGCAUGGUAAACGGAAAACCAGAAGAUGUUAUCUUCACCUCUGGAGGAACAGAAGCCAACAAUAUGGUAUUAUUUUCGGCUGUGGAACAAUUCAAUAUAAGAGCCAAAGAAAGUUCCAGUAACGGUGUGGACAAGGCACUGCCACACAUCAUUACUUCCAAUGUGGAGCAUGAUUCUAUUGUACUACCUCUUCAACACCUGCAGAGGGCGCACAGAGCCGAGGUGACCUUUGUGCCAGUAUCCACUACUACGGGACGAGUGGAGAUUGAUGAUAUUAUUGCAGCUCUUUGUCCUAACACAUGUCUAGUGUCCAUCAUGUUGGCAAAUAAUGAAACUGGCGUUAUCAUGCCUGUGGGUGAACUGUCACAACGGCUUGCACCCAUUUCUAAACAGCGUGCUAGCCAGGGGCUUCCCGCAAUCUUGUUACACACAGAUGCAGCACAGGCACUGGGAAAGAUCAGCGUGGAUGUUCAAGAACUACAAGUCAAUUAUUUAACCAUUGUGGGACACAAGUUCUAUGGUCCUCGUAUUGGAGCUCUUUAUGUCCGUGGAAUAGGGCACCAAACACCACUGCUGCCAAUGUUAUAUGGAGGAGGACAGGAGCGCAAUUACAGGCCAGGGACAGAAAAUACACCAAUGAUCGUGGGGCUAGGCAAGGCUGCAGAGUUAGUCAGUUUACACUGUGCUGUAUAUAAGAACCACCUGCGAGAAGUACGGGACUAUCUGGAACAGAGAUUACAGGCUGUAUUUGGUGACAGGAUCCGAUUUAACUCUCACUUCCCUGGUACAAAACGCCUUCCUAACACAUGCAACGUGUCACUGCUGAAGCCUUCUGUCCUAGGAUGUGAAUGGCUGGCCCAUUGUCAUACUCUUCAGGCAAGUGUUGGAGCAGCUUGUCACUCAGACCGGGGAGACAGUCCUUCCCAUGUACUGCUGAGCAGUGGAGUACCCAGAGAAUCCGCGCGUGGCGCUGUUCGUUUGAGUGUGGGUCGGGAGACAUCAAGAGAAGAUGUAGAUGUGAUUGUUAGGGAUCUUGAACAAGCAGCACACAAACUGGAAUGUAAAGAGUCGAGUAAGAGAGAUCUGAAAACAUAGAAAUGGGACAGAGAGAAGUUGUGCUUACAGGUUAAAUAGCAAUGAACAUUAGAAAACAUAAGUCGACAGCCCUUUAACUGUUGAUUAAUAAGUGCAAUAGAUGCUUAUGUAACUUGGACAUAUUUUGCUUUUUUGUUAGCAUAAGGCCCAUACAUUAGUCAGUUUUUUCAUUCAGCCAGGGAUUGAAUGAAAAAAACGGACCCAAUUCCUCCAUCCAUACAUUCGGGGUGGAUGGGGUAAUCCGCCCGCUGUGCUGUUAUAUUCUGUCAGCAGGUAGACUUCCUACCAUACUUGAUCAGCGCUUCCGGCUAUAGCCUGCUGUGCUGAUUGAGCAGGGAAAAUCUGACAGGCUGGUUGUACAGAAGUCAGUCAGUAGAUCGAAUUUUACAACCACCGUGUCUCCCUACAUGGAUCGAAAUUUGGCUGGUCCCUGCUGAACCAGACAAAUUUCAAUCCAUGUAUGGCCAGCUUAAAGGAGA